UUUUUAAUUUUUUUUUUAGAACAGUUCCGGUAGAUAUUUAAUUGUUGAAAAUUUUGAUGCAAUUAACGUUAUUAAUUAGAAUUUAUUUUAAACUUUUAUUGUAUGAAAGAAGAUAUUGAUUGUUGUUCCUUUCGUUAUGACAUAACUAUGGCUCUAAACUUCACAAAAAGAGCAAUAAAACCAAUUUUUCUCAUUUUUUUAUUGUUCUGAAAAAUAGGCGCUAAAAGGUUAUAGAUAUCUACUUGGAGUCUUUAGAUGUCCCCCUAAUAAGUCAACUUGGGGAUUUUUAUUAUGACCCUCAUUUCCUCUCUACCCCUCCCGUUUCACCACCAAAAUAGUUUUUUUUUUUUGUGAUUACAGAAAAACACGUCAUACGGGAUCAUAGGACUUAAUCAAAAAAUCUCAAGAUAAGAGAGAAAAGAUAAACGCUUAAAAUCACGAAAAAAAUUAUUUUGUCGGAAUUUGAUUACACGGUUAAUAUACGAAUUUUAUCAUAAUAUUGUUUUUCUUGUGUUAAAAACGUUACAUUGAUACACCAAAACACUGAUUUUAAUUUCGAAAAAAUCAUACAAUAUUUUUAGUUCAGUAAUAAUGGAAAAGUUGACUCUAUCGGAGUCAAUUUGGGUCCAAGUUGACUCUAUCGGAGUCCGUAGAGUAAAAAAAAUAGCUGUUGCCUCUAUUGGAGAUUGACUUUAUCGGGGGUUGACUCUAUCGAGGUCCCACUGUAUUAUUCUUGGCCCAAAAAAAAUCCGUGAAAACAAAAUUUCUAUGCUCUUUGAGUUAUCAAUUUUCUUGCUUAAACUAAUUCUGCAAUGGUUUUUGAAGCCUUUUCGUACUACUUUCUUGUUUAGAAAACAUUAUCUAGAGCAGAUGUGAGCAAGACCCGUUUGAAACCGAACAAACAUCAAAUGAAAAUUGAACGUCAAUGGUCAAAACGCUACCUGGACAAACUUAUUUUGACGUUUAUUGUGUCUCAAACAGUUCCUUGCUCACCCAUAAUCUAGUAGUUUGACUUAAACAGGAAGCCUGCCCUAGACACACUUACGACUUAAGCCGAGAGACGGCUUAACGUAAUUAUAAUCAAAAUAAUACUUUGGCUAAAUUCCCAUCAGUUUCUCUCUAAUUAAGUCGUUUCUUCUCAUAAUGCAAAUUGAAAUAGCUAAGAUUUGCGUGAUAGAGUAAUUUUUUUCCCAAUAUAUAUUGGAUUUUUCCAGUCAUAGAAGACUUACAGGCUAAACGACCACAAACAUCUUUUAUGAGUUUUCAACGACCCUCCCCAUUCCGAAUUUCAUGUGAAUUUUUCCAGUAACUUCGUAUUCCUUUUAAAUCUUAAAAAAUAUCUACAAACAAUUCAUUUUAAAUGAAUUAGCGAUAAGUUUGUUAAUGCGUAUACAUUCUAUAAUCGCUAAAUUAGAUUGGACAAAGAGCUUUUCUUUAAAAAUCUACUGACCUCAAUUCAGUUCUGCAAACGGGAAAUGACGUGAAAGUUUCUCACUUUAAAAUCCUCAAGUACCAUUACCAAAGUCAAUAAAAUAUUCAUUAUUCUAUUAUAGAAAUUUAAACGUAUAAUCACUCAAAACCCUCCAAGAUAAUCCCAAAGAAUAAACAAUUCUUAAUACACUGAGCAUAAUUCGAUUUCCUCUUUACGCUGUUGCAAUUAAGGGGAAAAACUUUAAUGCACCCACUUAACUUACUUUAAUCUAUUCCAUUGAUAUGUCUUAAUCAACUUCAAAAAUCAUUCUUCAUGUUGUGAAAUGUAAACUGAUAAGGAAUGAAAGAAUUUUGCCUGUUUUGUACAUCUUUAAGUGCAUCCGAUUGACGUCACUUCUUGCAGUUUGGAAGAGAAAACAGGCAAUUUCUAACUGCGUACUUUACUGGUCGAGUUUCUUGCUCCCAAGCUUUUUGUCUUCCGGAAUUCUGGAUUGUGGAAAAGAAAGGUAUCUCAAGGGGGUCGAUUUUAUUUGCAUCCUCUGUGCUAGUAGCAUACAAACCCCAAAGUGACGUGUUGAAAAUGAUUCGAGUAUUUUAAAUGCAAACAAAUGAUUAAAUUCAUUUGCGAUAUCACUGGUCACACUCAAUGAAAUUCUGGAUAGUAUAAAUAAGCAAGAGAGGUAUUGAUAAACCAUCAGUUCUUCACAAGCAAUCGUGUGAACAAGACAACUUUCCUAAAAACGAAAACAAUACUUCAAUUUAAAAAAUGUUUCUUCUAAAAUCAAUCUGUGCCUUGGCAGUCAUUGCCUUUGUUACAGCUUCAGUUCUCAACAAAACAGAGAAGGAUACCAGAAUUGUGGGUGGAGAAGUAGCAGCCGAAGGAUCAGCACCCUACCAAGUAUCUAUUCAAGGUCGCUUCGGACACAACUGUGGAGGAGCUCUAAUUGACAAGAGAUGGGUCCUUACUGCUGCUCACUGCAUCCAAGGAGCCAAUCCUGAUUCCGUGACCAUUCUGGCUGGAACUAAUGACCUCAACAGCGGAGGAGUGCGAUACGAAUGUGAGAAGUUCAUCAUUCAUAGCCGAUACAACCGACCAAGCUUUGCCAACGAUGUGGGUUUAAUCAAGCUCAAGACCAACGUUCAACUCAAUGACAAAGUCAAGACCGUCGAAUAUGACUACAGAGUCGUUCCCGAUGGAGCUGUCGUGAGACUGACUGGAUGGGGUCGCCUUUCUGCCGGUGGUCCAAUUCCCAAUCUCCUGCAAACCAUCAAUCUCACCUACGUCAACCAUGAGGAGUGCCAAAAAUACUACGGACCCAAUAACUCUGUAGACAUUGGCCACUUGUGCACCUUCCAGGGCAAAGGUCAGGGAGCCUGCAAUGGUGACAGUGGAAGUCCCUUGGUCUACCAAAAUCGCGUAGUUGCCCUAACCAAUUGGGGAGUCCCUUGCGCAACAGGACUGCCCGAUGCGCAUUGCAGGGUGUCCUACUACCACGACUGGAUUCGUACAACCAUGAAUUCCAACUAAAAAGUAAUUCUAAAGACUUUUGGCUUCCUCUUAUACUCGGUAUUUGGAUAGUUUUAAGUGAAAAAAUUGUGAUUUAUGAGCAUUUGAAAAUGAAUAAAAAAAAUAUAUACUUUUUUAGCUA